CCAGCCUUUACUGUGCAUCGACGCUGCUGCCGUGCUAACUCCUUCGCCCUGAUCAAGAGUUUGAGUGCAUCUAAGCCACGUUACCACGAAGCAGUGACUGAAUUCCGCAACGACUUGCCCGGGAAGCCGUGUUUUUCCCACUGGUUGUGCCGGCCUCGAGGCAACACGUUUCAUCCGCACGUCCGCGUUUUUCGUCUAGGCCCUGACACAGCAGGAAAUAAUUUGCAGCUGGUCUCUCUUUACGUUCUUUACUAUUACCCUGUCACCUCCCCGCACCCACAGCAGUCACAUCGCAUAUCAAAGUGGGAUCCUCACUUAGCUCCGGCGCUAAGCAGGUCAUCGUCUGUCUGAGACACACCUUCCCUCCUUGAUGCCCGUUCGUGUCAUCGAUCCUUCCUCGGCCGAAAGACAGACCUCUCAAAUCGACACCAACACAAAGUCAAAGAAGACGUUGAGGUCCAUCUUGGGCUUGUAUCAAUCCACGCUUUCCGAUAACAGCCCGCCUGUUCCUGGCCCAGCACCCUACUACCCCAACGCGUUUACACUGCGCAGUGCGCAACUGCAUAGGGAGAAGGAAAAGUUCAAUACCAUCACACAGCGUCGCAGCGUAGAUUUAACACCCUCCGAGAACGGCUCGAACUUUGCAUCGCUCAGCUACGGACGGCAGAAAGCUCGCACACGCGACGGCCGGGCCAGUGUCACCGAUAUUUCUUUCUUUCAACAAACCGUAUCUCCUCCCUCUCCUUCAUCCACACCUACCACCUUUAAUUCGACAUCGGAUAACGAUCCGCUCCCGAAGACGACGGCGAUUAAAUUGGACUCGCCAGACAGGAAGCAGAAAAUGACGAGGACAUUGGAGAUACCGUAUGAGCGCCCAGGUCGUCGCAAGCUAAUUCGGUUCGGCGCAGAGGAGGGGCCAUGGAGUAUUAGUGUUGCUGAAACGCCUUAUGACAAGAAUUGCUACAGCAUUUAUAUCAAGACUCCUACCCACCAUAUGACGCUCACACGAACCGGACAAGAAAUUCAGGCAUUACACCGGAAGAUUGCUUCCGCUCAUCCCGAUCUUUCAUUACCGGAUAUCCCGCUACAGCCUAUUGAUGAGAACGUCGAGAAUGGUCUGACAGAGAAAAAGCGCAAGUCGUCUUUUUUGACCACGCUUUCCCGCUUUGCUUCACCAGGACCGAAUAAGAGGGAACGUCCGAGGGAUGCGAAAACCACUCCGUCAAUUCCGAGCUCGAGGAAUAGCAUAGCUCAAUCUGCGGUAUCGCCCAUAUCGCACUCAACCUCCGCGUCAACGCCAGCUCGGGAAUUAGACAAUUGGGAUCCAUAUAUGUCUCCGCUCACCGCAACAUCAGAUACGAAUAGCGCUACAAGUACGGCGCUUGCGGGAUACCUAACGGCGCUAGCUAACGAGCCCUCUUUGAAGCGGUCAAAGGCAUGGAGGCGCUUUAUCCGGAUACGAACUGACGAUUUGAUCAGUGAACGCGUUGAGAGGGCGGUAAAGCGCGUUAGGAGCGAUCUAGCUGCGCAUAUAACCGCUUCGAAGUUCCAGACGCGGAAGAUCGAAAUGCGCGAUGACGCCUCUGUGGCAGAGUCGGCUGUUUUGAUCACAGCAGAGAAGGAGGAGCCUGAAGCUGAGGAGCCAGUCCAGACCGCAGGAGCGAUCGAAAAUAUAAAGGAAGAGGAAGAGGAGGAAGUUACGACAGCGGAGAACAUUGGUGUGAAGAAGGCUGAGGAAAAUGAAGAUGUUGCUCAGGAGCUUCCGAGCACUCCUAAGCCUUCGGAUACCAUCCCACGGACUUCUUUAGACAUCCCGGAGGAAACUGCUUUGACACCCACUACUGAGACGAACGCCAGUAUUGCAAAUCGAAUACCGCGUUCGCAGUCUGCCGAUCCGGACAAGGCGACUCGCAUGUCCCGACUAUUGCAGUCAUCAUCUAUUAAACACGACGGAGAUGAGUCUGCUGCUGAGUACGAGAGCGAGGUGCAGGUCACGGAAACUGAAACGGAAGUUGAGGAAGGGAAGAGCACGACGACUGUAGACGACGAUUCGUCCAUCUCGACAAACGGUGUUAAGCGAAGGAACAAGCGCACAAAGGCUGUCUUACGCAAAACAAAGUUGAAGAAGCCGAAGACAACAAAGAAGGUUGUCAUUGACGACUUUGAAAUGAUGCGUGUGCUUGGGAAAGGAUGUGCCGGGAAGGUUCUACUUGUUCGACACAAGAAGUCAGAGGAUCUCUACGCUUUGAAGGCUAUCACAAAACGGCAUGUGCUUGCACAUCAAGAGUUGCAACAUACUUUGACUGAGCAGGCGGUUCUGAAACGCAUGGCUCGUGAGGCGAAGGAUCCGUUUGUGGUGAAGCUGUGGUGGUCGUUCCAUGAUAAGGAGAAUCUAUAUCUUGUCAUGGACUUCCAUCCUGGUGGUGAUCUUGCAACUCAACUUGCACGAUGGGGCCGUCUCGGACGUGAUCGUGCCCGAUUUUAUGCCGCUGAGAUUGUCGAAGGGGUGGACGGUCUACAUGCAGCGGGUGUCAUCUAUCGAGACUUGAAGCCGGAAAAUAUAUUGAUUGGUGCAGAUGGACAUAUUGUCCUCACGGACUUUGGUUUGUCAAAGGAGUUUCCGCGACGAACAUCGCCCAUUACCGCUCCUGCAACACCUUCAGGUUCCCGAACUGACUUCCAAACACAACCGUUGCCUCAUUGGAUGAAGGGCGAGGAAAACAAGACUGGGUGGGCAAUCGGACAGAACGACUCGACCGCAACGUUCUGCGGUACUGCUGAGUAUCUUGCACCUGAGGUGAUCCAAGGUCAAGCGUACAGCUACGAGGUGGACUGGUGGAGUUUUGGGACGAUGUUGUACGAGAUGCUCACAGGCAUUACGCCGUUCUGGGCAAAUAACCACUCAGAGAUGUAUGUCCGAGUGUUGCAGGAUGAACUCAAAUUCCCCGAUGAUAGAGUGAUGGAUCAGGACACGAAGUCCCUUAUCCGUGGUCUUCUUCAACGAAACCCCGCACUGCGAAUCAAACAACCUCGCAUCAAACGUCAUCCUUAUUUCUCUAUGAUAGACUGGUCGCAUGUUUACUACAAACGCUACAUACCACCUUACAUUCCUCCUAUUGACCCGCUUAAUGCAAGCGAUACCCAGAACUUCGAUGAUACAUUCCUUGACAUGGAACCCAUCAUUGCUGACGAGGAGCCGACCGAAUCAGGUGAAGAUAACGGUCAGACGAGUGAGGCGACUGAUGGCGAGGACUCAGGUGCACGUACACCAGCCAAGUCGAGCAGUCCCCCUACACUACCACAAGAGGAUCAGCCAGACCUCUUCGAUGGCUACUCCUUCAAAGGCAGGCACUCAGUGCUCAUUGAAGUUGAAGACGAUGAGGACGCUGAAGCCGAGGAGGGGGAGCAUGAUGAAGAAAUCGACGAAGAGGAGGACAUCCAGAGACUGGCUAACGCGGACGUAGGUCAGGAUGUGGAAGAGGAAGUUGAACCUAUGGAUGAGGUUGACGAGCCGAAAACGCCUGAGGCAAGGAAACCGGAAUUACCAGAGUUACCUAAACCUACGAAACCUGAGGUACAUGUGGUGCCUGAACUUACACCUGCGGAAGAGAUUGUCGCAUUGCAUAGAGCUGCACUUGCAGCAGCGGGAGCGAUGGAUGAGCCAUCGACACCGGUCAAGGAGACACCUGUACCGCCUCUCUCGGAUGACACGGACAAGACACCAGAGGGAGCUAUUGAUGGCGCUACUUCGGCACCACAGACGCCAGUAACUCCCCAGGCAAGCACUCUUCCGACGGCCAACGCGAUAACGAAGCCGCCACUUGGUGCUGUUCCAUCAAAGAUUAUACCAGCACGUGCAGGCCGUCCUCGACGAGAGAAGUCUGGCAUUCCUGCGUUGGAUCAAUAUCUGUCCGACGGUGCGGAUGAUGACUUGAUGGAGCGUGACGAAGAUGACGAUUGGGACUUUGUCGAAGCUCUUCCUAUGGGUGCGGAAGAUCGCAACGGCCCGAAGGGUACAAGUCUAUUUGCGCGCGGCGUGGUUGAUCGGUACAGGUUGGCGGUGUUCCGUAAGUCAUCGACACCAAGUAAGACCUCUUCGCGUCGGAAUGUUUCUGGGAUGUCGUUGGCGUCAGAUGCGACGACCUCGGAGGCUGCCUCACCGACCCCGUCGGACAAGCAACGAAGAGGAAGGAAUCCUGGACUUACAUUCCGUCGGCAUCCUAAGCAAUUCCUUAAGGCUCGCUCGCCACCGCCAAGUGCGUCGUCAAAUGACUCUAACCGGACAUUCAAGCAACAAUCAAAAGCGAACACCCUGUCUUCUGCCCCUUCGAGCAAUGCCAGUUUCCUCUCUCCAGCACCUAGCAGCCAAACAAACGUAACUGCAGGUCCUUCACUGAAAAGCAAAGAGUCAACAACGUCCAUGGGCUCUCCGUCAUCAGAUGACCAAUCGCUCAACGGUGAAGGACCAAACGCGAAUGCGUCGGCAGAUGUGCUGUCUAGUGGUGGACAAUCACCGGAUGCUAGUACACGGACUAUUACGACUGAUGAACCGGAGAAAAUUAAGAACAAAAAACUGAAGAAGUACAAGGAGGGUGCGGAGAAGAUGCUGUCUAUCUUCGCUUCACCUCGUUAGUACUGGUCUCUCUGGACAGUUCAUUCAUUGGCAAUUUGCAUUUGGACUCUUGUCUUCCUCUUCCUUCUUGUUCGCUAUCGUCUUUAGCGUUUAUUUAGCUAAUCCGCACACGUUGACUAUUGCUAUUGGGAUUACUAUCACUUGUCUUGUAGCUUUGCAUUUUUGGUCGUUCAUUCGGUCAUUCAUUCACCCGUCCACUUACCUUCCCUCGCUUCCCUCACUUUUCCUCCCGAGUAUACAUGCGAUCCCCCAACAUUUAUUCUAUCUUCCCUCUUACUAUCUAUUUGAACAACAAUCAAAUCAAAUUCAGCAGCAGAAACCAACCAACACAUUCCUUUCUUUUCUUUCGUCACUUACAUAUAC